UUACUUUGGAAAAUGUUGACCAAGGCAGUUUGCGUGCUCAAUGGCGAUGCCAAGGGCACAAUUUAUUUCGAACAAAAAUCCGAAAAUUGUGCCGUCAAAAUCACAGGUGAGGUGACUGGAUUAUCGAAAGGUCUACAUGGCUUUCAUGUGCAUGAGUUUGGCGACUCCACAAAUGGUUGCACAUCCGCCGGAGCACACUUUAAUCCCCACAAGAAACAGCAUGGUGCACCCACAGACAACGAGCGUCAUCUGGGCGAUUUGGGAAACAUCAAUGUCGAGGGAGGCCCAGGAGCAACAAAAAUCAAUUUUUGCGAUUGCCACAUUACGCUCUUUGGCGUCAAUAGCAUCAUUGGACGCAGUUUGGUUGUCCACGCCGAUCCUGAUGAUCUUGGCAAAGGUGGACAUGAGUUGAGCAAAACAACUGGAAAUGCUGGAGCACGCAUUGGCUGCGGCGUCAUUGGCUUUGCAUCGCUCGCAAAUUAGUUUUUAUUAGUUAAAUAUAACAAUCAAAAUAAAUUAAACUUGAACAUUGAA